AUGGAUGCUGAUACCGGUAGACCCUACACACGCAAGCGCAAGAGGUUCACGAACAGUCUGUCGCCAGGGCGCGCCCCAGCCAGCGACUCGGGGAGUCGGCGUAGCUCGCAGCUCCCCGACCCGCCCGUUGAGGGCGGAGUAGCACCGCGUCUGUCGUCCACCGCGUCGUUGGGAGACAAUGAACCUCCCCGUGGGCGAGUGGCUGCUGCACGGCCUGCAAACAAUGGUGAGCCCUUCAUUAAAGAAGAAAGCUACCGCGGGCGGAGCGAGUACUUGGGGGGCAGCGUUCCUUUCGACGAAAAUAUGGUGAAACCAGGUCACGAGACAACGUAUACCAGCCCGAAGGCGUCGGCGGCGGAUCUUCAGAUGCUGCGCGAGCAAGGUGCAUUCGAACUGCCGCCGUUAUGUGUCCAAAAGGAAUUGAUGGAAAGCUUCCAGACGUAUUGUGCGCCGUGGACGCCGGUUGUUGACCCUAAGUGGCUGGACGCGAGUACGCCACCGUCAAUGCUGCUUCUGCAGUCGAUUUUCCUGGCUGGAAGCAGAGUUUCCAAGGCACAUCUUGAUUACGGCUCUAGUGAAGUCUUCUAUCGCCGCGCAAAACUUCUCUUCUUCUUUGGCGGCCGCAAUAACUCACUGAUCUCAAUCGUAGCUGCCUGCCUGCUGCACUGGUACAAUCCGGUAGGCCCUGAAGAUGUCUCGACAGAUACAAGUGGGUUCUGGAUCCGUACGGCCGGGGCAAUGGCUUUCCAGAUUGGACUGCACAAGGAACCCUCUCCGAAUACAAAAGAUCGUGGUCUACGGCGACGGUUAUGGUGGUCUCUCGUGAUCCGAGAUAAUAUCAUCUCGGUCGGAGUUGGCAGGCCGCGGACCAUCAACCUGCGGGACAGAGAUACUGUGGAGUGCUACUUACGACGCGAAAUAUCCCGCCAACGCCGGGUUGAUCUUGAAAACGCGAUCUAUAGAUGGGCUAAGCAGGUUAUCCCGAAGCUACGCGUGUCUGCUUCACAGCAGGAAAACGCUGCAGCAUCGCAUUUCGAAGUCCAGCAACUGUCGGUCAUGUACUUUGUAGUACUGACCACUCUGCAUCGCUCUCCAACUCCAGACAGCGUCCCGCCUGCUGCGUCAUUAGUUGCAUCCUCAUUCAUUGCGGGGAUAUACGAAGAAUUCCUCCUCCGUGACGAGCUUCGUUAUCUUGGCCCUGUCUUUGCAUUCUAUCCCCUCUGCAGCGGGCUGUCACUACUGUCCAGCUGGCGUUACUCCUCGUUGCAAAGCACAGCAGAACAUGAACUGAUAGUCAUCAAACUGUCUCUUCAGAAGUUGUCAGAACGGUGGCUUUCCGCGGUUGGACCCCUGCGAGCUCUCAAUAAGUUGACCGGGAAAGUCCGAGAGCAAGGUCUUCUUGACGGUCGGCCGCCCAGCCUAGACUUUGACACGGCUUCUUUCUUCGACGGGUUCGACGUUAAAUUAUGCAAACAGUGGCGCUUGAUUGGGCAGUCUGCCGAGCCAGAGAGUACAACCCCAGCGGCUGCAACCACCUGUACUUUGGCGGAGGUUCAAGAUUCGGACGAGGCGGUUCCACCCUUCGAUACCCACCCGCUUGACACGGAUGAAUUCGCCUUUCCUGCUCUUGAUACCAGUAUGGAGCCAUUCACCAGCAACUGGGAAGGGUCCGGGUUUGAUUGGAGCGGUUCUUGGCUGCUCAGUGUUUGA